AUGAGCGAGGAGCCACACGCGCUCUCCAGUGCCACCCAGUUCUGUACUCAUCUUCAAGACUGGAACGGGCGGACGGCAGAGGACAGGAGUGCAACGCGUCAUGACAGGCGCGAGGUGCAGCCCCAGGUGCGGGCAGGUGUGGGGUCUCGUCCUUACGCUACUUUUGGUGAGCCGGCCGGCCACCACCAAAGUCUUACAGCCAAAGAAAGGACUGGAGUCAAGCCCCUUGACGGAGGUGAAGGUCUUGGAGGGGGCAAGGCGGUGCUGCCGUGUGACGUCUCGCCUUCCAUCGCUGACGACGACACUAUACUAGUCCUCUUUUACCGAGGUUCCUUCAAGACGCCCAUCUACAGCAUCGACGGGCGGAGCGGACCGGUGCGACGAGGACAGCACUGGUCAGACGAGAAGGCGCUGGGGCGGCGGGCCUACUUGGAGCUGACGGGUCGCACACCUGGCUUAGUGAUCCAGGCUGUGCGCGCCAUGGACCAAGACCUCUACCGCUGCCGUGUUGACUACGACAUCCACCCCACCAGGAAUGUGCGCGUGCAGCUCAAUGUGAUAGUGCCGCCGAAGAGAGUGCGUGUAGUUGGCGAGGCGGGGGUGGAAGUGAGCGGCGUGAUAGGCCCCUACCCCGUGGGGUCCUCCCUCAUCCUGCACUGCCGUGUGGAGAAUGGUCGGCCUCCCCCAAUGGUGACGUGGUGGUCAACGACAACCCUGCUGGACAACGUGAGCGAGGAGCAACGAGGCGACUUCACCGUCAAUACCCUGACCCUGCCAACACUCACCCGCGAAGACCUCAAGCGUGUCCUUACCUGCCAAGCCGCAAACUCCAACCUGUCGGCCCCCUCAGCUGUCACCCUCACCAUCGACAUGACCUUUCCGCCAGUGAUGGUGAAGAUCUUGGCGCCGCAGGGAGAGCUGGUAGAGGGUCGCCACUACAAGGUGGUGUGCGAGGCGUCCGGCAGUCGCCCCAAGGCUGAGAUUACCUGGUGGAAGGACGGCAUGCUUAUGACGGACGCCACUACGCAGGUUUUCCAGGAGGGUAAUGUGAGCCGGUCCACGCUGCAGCUCAAGGCCUCUCUGGCAGACCACGACAAGACAGUGCUGUGCCGCGCCAAGAAUCCGUUGCUGCCCGCCCAGGUGAUCGAGGACGGCCUCAAGCUGGACGUCAGGUACAAGCCAAGACUUUCCCUGGCUGCUGGACUAAACCUGGACAUGAACGACAUCAAAGAGGGAGAUGACGUGUACUUCGAGUGUGGCAUAAAGGCGAACCCACGAGUGUACAAAGUGCUGUGGUAUCACGACGGGAAGGAGCUGAGUCAUAAUGUGUCCGCCGGGAUCAUCAAGAGCAACCAGAGUCUAGUGCUGCAGCGGGUGAGUCGCCGCUCCUCGGGCUACUACACUUGCUCUGCCGCGAACCUGCAGGGCUCAGGCGACUCCCGGCCCGUGGAACUCAGCGUGAAGUUUGCUCCCACGUGCCAGGCCGGUCAGAAGGUGGUGUACGGCGCAGGCAAGCACGAACAACUCAACGUUACGUGCAGUGUGGAGGCGCACCCACCGCCGGACUCGUUCAGGUGGGCGUUCAACAGUUCGUCAGAGGUGGAGGAGCUGGCCAGCGGAGACGUGCACCGGGUGGAUUCCGAGACAAGCCAGGUGACGUACACUCCACGCUCACACCUACACUACGGCUCCCUCCUCUGCUGGGCCACAAACAUCGUAGCCCGCCAGAUCCAGCCCUGCAUCUUUCACAUCAUCCACGCCUCCCCGCCAGACCCUGUUAACAACUGCACGGUGAAAAAUAUCAGCUCGACGGGUGUGGGCGUGCGGUGCCAAGCGGGGUGGGACGGAGGCCUGGCGCAGACCUUCACCCUCUCCGUGAGUCAAGCAAGGGGGCACACGAGGGGCCAGGACACCAAAAAAGCCCCUAGAGUGCUGGCAAACACUUCCACCUCCCCAAGACCUGAAUUUUCCCUGACGGGCCUCGAGCCGGGCACAGAGUACGUACUCACCAUCCACGGCACCAAUAAGAAGGGCCAGAGUGAGCCUGUGAGACUCGCCAUCUUCACUCUCAAGGAUGUGGCGGAAAAGCGCACGAGUCCAGGCGUGGGAGUGGUUGGCCUCGCUCCCAUCGUGGGCGUGGCAGCUGGCGUGGCCAUGUCGGUGGUGGUGACGUGUGUGGUAAUGGUCGUGGUGGUGAAGGUGCGACAGCGCUCCCUGCCUCGCCCUGAAGUGAAGAUGGUGUACAUGAAGGGGGCAGAGGGGCCAUCCCAGGGCAGGGGCCAGGAGGAGCCGAGCGAGGGUGGCGACGAUCCUAAUCCAGACCUCAUUCCCGUCAAUCACGACCACCAGGUGAAGGACACAGCUCAGGUGUUCAAGGGGGAGGUGUCUCCUGAAGGCUCCUCGUCCCACGACCAGCGUGAAGACUUUUCCCGGGACAUGGCUCACCCUGACCUGCAGAGUGACUUGCAGCGAGAAGACCCUCCAGCUGGUCAGUCCUACGGAUCUUUCUACACCCCGCCACUCUCACUCCUGCGGCAGAGGUCAUCACUGCUGUCCCGCGACGGUGACCCACUCUUGCAAUUGGGUCACGGGUUGGUUUCCUCCUCCCCGCCGCCUCCUGCACCCCGCUCGUCCACUUACACUCUCUCGCAUGAUCUCCCUUCCUAUCCCCACAUGUCUUCCACGCCCUCUUCCCCAACAUACCCCAGCGAGCUGGCUUCCCUACACAUAUCCUUCCCCGCAGACACAUCCUACAGCCACCCCUCAGCUUCCAUGUCCCGCACGCAGCCGCUAUUACCUGUAUCUUAUAGGAACCAGUUCUCCACACUUCCUUCACGCUCCUAUGCCCAUCAUCGCUUUAGCUUAGGGCAGAACGAAAUCUUGGGGCGCGGUACACCUACUCUGUCUUCAGUGAGACGCCGCGGAUCCACUUCUAUGGUCGCCGGAAGUCCCGAAAGAGAGAUGACGCUGGCUCAAUUGAUAGACCCUAAAACUGGCCUGGACUUUGGUUCCAGCCAGCGAGAGAGUUCUGUGUAGACGAAAACUACGUAAUGGAGCACCAUUUUGAAAAGAGAAAAUUAAAAACAAGAUCAACUGAGGAACCGCCGUGUGUAAGCUACGCAGUGUACGAGGAUGAGCUACAGCUGAUGUGGUCCUCUUCCAACGAAGCUUAGAUAUCAAAACAAAUUUAUCUUCCAGAAUUAGAAAUCUGUAAAAAAUAAUAAAGCCUUAGUUGACUUUUUUUCUUAUUUUAAGAAAAUCGAA